GUGCCACUUUCAGGUCUCCUCACACUGCUGGUGUGUUCCAUUUUUUGUCAUAGGGUGCUGGCAGAUUACGGGCCUCCCAUAGCUGCUGCCAGGCCCCUAAUCUGCCAUGGGCCCCUAUACCGCCUCCUCAUGCUGCUGCCAAGUCCAGAGUCUCUCAUGGGUCCCUGUACGGCCUCCCAUUGCUGCUGUCUCCAUCGCCACACUCUGCCAUGUGCCACAUUCAGGUCUCCUCACACUGCUGGUGGGUUCCAUUUUUGUCAUAGGGUGCUGUAUGGCCUCCCAUUGCUGCUGCCUCCACCGCCACACUGUGGCUCCACACUCUGGUUUUGGCCCCGUGACUGCCCAAAUGAGUGAAGUGUGCGGUGAUUCUAAGAUCGACGGCACUCAUCUGCAUGUCACACUG